AUGAACCAAUUUACUCAAACAAUUUAGAAGAAAAAUUUUUCGAAUCAGUUUCAAUUUAAAUUACGAAAAAUUAACCGCGUUCACUUUUCGUUGGCUGGUACAAAGAGGUGACCACAUUGUUUACAUUUAAGAAAAUCUUUUUCCAAGUGUACUUAAUUGUUAGUUAAUUGUGAUAACCAUGUUGUGAUUAGCUCCAUACAUUUAGAUUACGUAGAGAGAGAAUUAAAUUAUUGGCCAUCAUUGGAGUUUCCAAGCAGAAUUAACAACAAUUAACAACAAGGAAAUGAUGGAGCGAGUGGAGGUGUUACCAAAAUUAAACGAUGAAACUUGUAAUAGCACAACAGUGGCUUCUUAUAGUUCAUUUAUCAGUGAUGACGAUUCAGUUUCAUGUGUAAUUUAUAAAAUGAAUUCAACAGAUUCAAAUGAACCGAAUGGUUUCACAAUUGGGAUUAAGGGAUUAGAAGAUGGAUCAUCCAUUAAAUUGUAUAAGAAGAGGUUUUUCAUUCUCACUCUUUUCUGCCUUUACUCAGCUUCCAAUGCAUUCCAAUGGUUACAAUAUUCAAUCAUUACCGGAAAAAUUUCCACCUUCUACCAGAUUGAUGAUCUAUCAGUUAAUUUAACUUCAAUGAUUUACAUGUUUGUUUUUGUACCUGGAAUGAUUCCCGCCUCAUGGUUUCUUGAUCGUUUUGGCCUUCGAUGGUCGGUUCUCCUUGGAUCUACUGGAACAUUUUUAGGAUCACUGAUCAAAUGUGCAAGUUUAAAUCCGAAUCGAUUCUGGUUAACGAUGAUUGGACAAACUGUGGUCGCUAUUUGUAAUCUUUUCGUAUUGAAUUUACCCCCAAGAUUGGCCGCCGUUUGGUUCGGUGAACGGGAAGUGUCAACGGCCACGUCAAUAGGUGUUUUCGGGAAUCAAUUGGGUGUUUGUUUUGGCUUUUUCUUACCUCCUUUAAUUGUCACCGCAUCGACUACCAAUGGAAUAGCUCAGCAACUUUCUUACGUUUAUUAUGGAUUAGCGAUUUUCACUGGACUAUUACUUAUCUUUAUCUGUUUGUUUUUCGAGGAUAAACCUAAAAAGUGUCCCAGUAACAGCGCCGCUCGAGCAAACGUUUAUCAAGAAGACUUGAAUUUCUUACAAUCUGUGAAAACGCUAAUCACUGAUCUUGAUAUGAUUCUGUUAACACUCAGUUAUGGAAUCAAUGUCGGCGUAUUUUAUGCCAUUUCUACCGUUCUCGAUCAAAUGAUCUCUUCAGCAUUUCCAGGCCAAGAAUCUGCCGCUGGUAAUAUUGGUGCUGUUAUAACGGUUGUUGGAACAUUAGGUUCCAUGGUGAGCGGUUACAUUCUCGAUAAAACUCAUCGAUACAAGGAAACUGUUUUCUCUCUUUACUUAUUCUCGCUAAUUGGCCUGAUCGGUUUCACUAUUUCGCUCAAAUACAGCCUGGUUUUGGUCUUUAUCGUCUCAGCUCUUCUCGGCUUCUUCAUGACUGGUUACCUUCCCAUCGGGUUUGAAUAUGCAGCUGAAAUAACUUAUCCCCAACCCGAAGGUAACUCAGCCGGUAUACUAAACGCCUCAGCUCAGUUCUUUGGUAUUAUUCUGAUCUUCUUAUCAACGCUCACCGUCAAUAAAUUUGGACACACCGUUUGUAAUGUAAUGUUUUGUCUCUCCUUAUUGAUCGGCUUGAUUCUUACCGCAUUUACCAGUGGAUCUCUUAAACGACGAGAGGCCACUUUAAAAAAUUCUACAAUUUAAAUUAACCACCAAAUGUGCCAUCAAAACAAUUGAAUCAACUAAUUGAUUUUCUUACCGUCCUUCAUUUACCUGCAACUAACCCACUGAUUAAUUCACCAAUUUAGCAACUGUAAAUGUCUCUCUGUGAUGUGCAAUGAUGAAAAAAAAAUCCCACCAGGAAAAUCAACUAAUUAACUUUCCCAUUUAUCAUAUUUAGGAAAUUAUUUUCUCAAUUACCUUGACUAGUGUUGAUCUUUAAUUGUUCAAACAAUCAUUAUUGUGUAAUUAUUGUCUUUAUAAUUAAGAUUUUUUUAAUAGAAGGGUUUAAAUUUCUGGCUUCUACUGGUUUGAUAUGUAUUAAGAAUCUGAUUUCAAUCAAAAUGAUUUAUUUCUCGAAGGAAAAUUUUCAAUUGUUACGUUGAUGAUUAAUGCUCAAUCAAAGUUAACUAUCGUUAUUAUUGUUACUAUUUUUCACUAAUUGUUAUAUAAACUCAACACUUAAUUGUUCAAAAACCUAAAUUAACUAAAUUUACACAAUUAAAUGAAUCUCAUCUCUUCCAAUCGCCUAA